UUUCCCUUCUCAAACCAGAAAGCUAUCAAAUGAGACAUGGGUCAUUGGCGAUCUUGGCCCGGAAUGCACAUGUAUAAACAUAACCCCAGACUUCCCCGGAUUCAAUCGAGACCUGCAUGAGCUCACUCCCGCCAGUAGCACUUCUUCACUAUAGCAAUGGCCAACAGCACCGUUCACCCAGAGAUUGACAUGUCUCACGAGGAAAAACAUGACCUAGAACAGAUUGAAACCAAGGACAAUGUCCAAUCAGCUCACGACACCAAAUUCGAGAAGCGCGUCCUUCGAAAAAUUGAUACUCGACUCCUACCUAUCCUCGGAUGCCUUUACACAAUCGCCCUUGUCGACCGAUCCAACAUCGCGGUCGCUCGCAUCUCCGGCAUGGAUGAAGACCUCGACCUCGCUGUUGACAAUCGCGUAUCUAUUGUCUUGAUGGUCUUCUUCAUCGGGUACAUCAUUUUCGAGAUCCCCAGCAAUGCCUUCAUUCACAAGCUCGGUGCAGCCAAUUGGCUUGCCUUUCUGGCUUUUGCCUGGGGCUUGGUGUCGCUUGGCAUUGGCUUCUUGAAUAACUGGGCUGGCCUCGCUGUACUGAGAGCUCUUCUUGGCGUUUUCGAGGCUGGUUUCUUUCCAGGCUGUGUUUAUCUUGUGUCUUCCUGGUACAAGAGAUAUGAGGUACAGAAGCGCAUGGCAGGUUUCUUCUUGACAGCUUCUGCGCUGUCAGCGUUCGCCAACAUUCUCGCAUACGGCCUGAUCCAGAUUUCCAAGACUCAUCACUACAAAGGAUGGCGUUGGAUCUUCAUCGUCGAAGGUGCCAUCACAGUCGUCGCCGGCAUCGGCUCAUGGUUCAUCAUCGUCGACUUUCCCGACUCCGACAAAAACACAUUCCUCACCCCCGAAGAACGUGCCUUCGUCAAAGAACGCCUCGCUGAAGACCGUGGCCCCGAAGAACGAGAGAAAGUGACCAUGAAAAUCAUUGGCCAGACAGCUGCUGACUGGAAGCCCUGGGCAUAUUCGCUUAUGUAUAUGGCCGGUGCUGUUGGAGUAUAUGCCUUCUUGUUCUUCCUGCCUAUCAUCCUACGAGGUGGUCUUGGAUACUCACUUGAGCUUUCGUUCAUUCUGAGUACACCUCCAGCACUGUUUGCUGUCAUUGAAGCAAUGGGUAUCUCGUGGCUUGCUGAUAAGACAAGACUGCGAGGUCCGUUCGUCAUCUUCCAAGGCCUGAUUGGCAUCAUUGGGCUAUGCAUGACUGGCUUUCUCAGUUCACCAACACCUCGCUAUGUCGGCACGUUUCUCGGCGUCGCUGGCGCUAAUGGCCUAGUUGUGACGACACUGGCGUGGCAGGCCAAUAACAUUGUCGGUGAUGCCCGACGUGCUGUAUCCACUGGCUUCCUCAUCAGCAUGAGUGGUGUUGGUGGGAUUUAUUCCAGCAUGGUAUUCCGCCAACAAGAUGCACCAAACUACAUCCCUGGACUCGUCGCUGUCAUGGCCAUCAAUGUUGCAGCGGUUGUAGUCGCUGCGCUAACAAUGCUUAUGCUCCGUCAUAAUAACAGACAGGCAGAUCGAGGGAAGUACCUAUGCGAGGGUCGAGAAGGAUUCAGAUAUACGUUGUAGAGCUCUUAGUAUUCUACCUGACAAUCAUGAUUCACUGCAGUCUUCGAAUUGCUCUGCGUGAUCCAAGUUGCUGUCGUCAUCAGAAACAGGGUAGACAUCGUCGCCGCCCAUACCGUCCAGCGCCAUAUUCUCGCUCUCCGGUGCUAUCGCAAAAUUUCCCACGAGAUUAAGAGCCUGUUGCAGUCUUUUUCCCGCUAUAGCACGAUACCUUUUAUCCUCCCUUUCCAUGCGGCGCAAAUUCUCCUGCUCUUUCUGAUCGAGUUCGGCGCGCUGCUUCGCUAUCUCUUCUCGACCCUCUUC